AACAAUGGUCCCUAAAAAAUCGUUCCAAAAAUGGGAAUCCGCCCUGUUAUCCUCGUUCCUCGAUGCAAUUGCAAACCAGACGAAAUAUUUUCAAUGAAACCAUCAUUUAUGCAAGAAGGAGAAGAAGUGGUGGACAUGUCGGUGAGAUGAGAAGUCAGAUAAUUUUGAAUUUCUGCUCCACCCUGAUCAACCCACCAGUUUCAUUUUUAAUAGCUUUAUUUCUUGCAGACUGUUUCUUGCCAUUGUUUUGCUGGACAGGUAUUAAUUGCUGUACAUGUUUACCCAAAUCGUUACAGUAGUGUGAAGCUUUCAACGCUCACAAACGUAAGAUUCAGCCAUGGCAGUAGACUCCACCGAUUCUACUACCUCUAGCUGAAUUCAUCUGUGACGUAAUGCAUCACAAUUCUGAUUUCUUCAGAAAUCAAUUUCAUUGUAAUCGCAGAAGAGGAAGAAAUUUUUAACUGUGGGGGUUUGAUAGUACUAGGAAUGGCAGGGGAAUCAAGAAAAUGGAUGAUUCUAGUAGCAACAAUAUGGAUACAAGCAUUUACAGGUACAAAUUUUGAUUUCUCGGCAUAUUCAUCAAAUUUGAAAUCAGUUUUAGGGAUUUCACAAGUUCAAUUGAAUUAUUUAGCAACAGCUUCAGAUCUUGGUAAAAUUUUUGGUUGGUCUUCUGGUUUAGCUCUUCUGUAUCUACCCCUUUGGUCUGUUCUUAUCUUGGCUGCUUCUAUGGGUUUCAUUGGUUAUGGUUUUCAAUGGCUUCUUCUUCAGAAUCUCAUUUCUCUCCCUCAUUACAUUGUAUUUCUGCUAUGCUUGUUGUCUGGGUGUAGUAUAUGUUGGUUCAAUACAGUUUGUUUUGUAUUAUGCAAUCAGAAUUUCCCUACAAAUAGAGCUUUGGCAUUGUCUCUGGCCAUUAGUUUUAAUGGACUUAGUCCAGCAAUUUACAAUCUUGCUGCCAAAUCCAUUUCCUCGCAAGAAUCUAGUGUUUAUCUUAUUCUUAAUGCGCUGCUUCCGCUCAUUGUAUCUUUUGCUGCUCUAGUUCCAAUCCUUCGUCAACCUCCAGUACAGACCUUACCCCAGGGCCAGGAUGCUGUUCGUCGAGAUAACUUCAUAUUUAUUAGUCUUAAUAUCCUUGCUGUUUUUACUGGUCUGUACCUUCUGUUGCUAAAUUCAGUUACCGCAUUUUCUUCAACUGCAAGGAUAAUCUUUGGUGGUGCACUUUUUUUGCUUGUUCUUCCCUUGUGUAUCCCUGGAAUUGUAUAUGCCCGUAAUUGGUCUCUGAAGAAUGUCACUGCGAGUUUUCGUUUGCAAGGUUCUGGUUAUAACCCUGUUGACGUUGAUGAUCACGAGCUUCAUAAAGAGUUGCUUAUAGGGCAGGAUGAGUAUUACAAGAAUUCGAUGAAUGGUACUAUGAAGAGCAAGGUGACUGUGAAGAAUCGGUUGUUGGUUCUUGGAGAAGAACACCCUGCCAGAGUUCUUGUUAGCAGAUUGGAUUUUUGGUUGUACUACGUUGCUUACUUUUGUGGAGGUACAAUUGGGUUAGUAUACAGUAAUAAUCUAGGCCAAAUUUCACAGUCCCUUGGGUUUGCUUCCAAAACUACUGAGCUCCUUACUCUUUAUUCAUCAUGCUCCUUCUUCGGUCGAUUGCUCUCUGCUUCCCCUGACUUCUUGCGGGAGAAGCUGCAUUUUGCAAGGACAGGGUGGUUGGUAAUUGCACUCUUACCUACUCCAAUUGCAUUCUUUUUGCUCACUGCAUCGAGUAGUGAGAGGGCAUUGGAAGCUGGUACAGCCUUGAUUGGAUUGAGCUCCGGGUUUAUUUUUGCAGCUGCAGCUUCUGUUACUUCGGAGUUAUUUGGACCCAACAGUAUGGGUGUCAACCAUAAUAUACUGAUCACAAACAUCCCUAUUGGUUCUCUUGCUUAUGGAUUACUUGCAGCAGUGGUUUAUGACAGUAAUGUUAAAUCAUCUGGAUUGACUAUCAUGGAAGUAGUUGACGGUGUAUCGAUUUGUAUGGGAAGACAAUGUUACUUGCAGACAUUCUUCUGGUGGGGUGUUAUCUCAUUGCUUGGAUUGUCAUCUAGUAGCCUUCUUUUCUUGCGCACAAAACCUGCUUAUGAUCGCUUCGAAAAGAAUAUGAUUCUAACAACUGAUAGUGCUUACCGGAACCUUCUUUUCCCAUAAUGCAUCUUGUUGUUAAACAAGACCCAAGCCGAUUUAGCUAAGAAAGUUUAAUGAUAAUGAGGAAGCCUUCUUAGGUCAAGAUACCAAGUCUCUUUGGUAGAACGCAUUUUCUCCAGUGGAUGAUGAGUUGUUUCCUGAAAGGGAUAUCGAAGUUUUGCGCAUGUCAGAUGGUGGUGAGACAGCUCUAGGCUCUAAAUUCAAGCUUCGUCAGCUGCUAGACAAUCAAAAUCAACAGCUGCUACGUAGGUUGUUUCUCUGCAGUAUGACUCCACCGGUGUUGAAGAUAACUGAUCCAUUUCCUGAAUUCGUGUUGUGAAGGGGUUGAUGCAUAUAAGUACUUAAAUUCCAUUCGGCUGGAGCUUUCUACUCAGGUAUGAACAUGUUCCAUAUCUGGAUAGAAGAGCUCUCUACUCACCGUUCUAGGAUACCUGUGCAGUUUUGUGUUUUUACCAAAUUCAAUGGAACAACACAAUGUUUUUGAUCACCACUGAAUUCACUGGAUUGUUAACAUCAACGGCAUUUGAUAACUCCUGCUGUAGUCAAAGAAAGAUCAAGGCAACAGGGCUGGUUUUGGCUGUUUUGAUCCCCAUGCGUUGGCGUAAGUCUAACGAUCUGGACUCAAAUUAAGGCUAAUGUCCCUGUAAUAAAUGCGGAAUGUCGCUGUUUAAGCAAACAUUGUGAGUGGGUUAUGGCCCUAUCUAAAUUAGCAGUCAUUUUCUUCUAAAGCGAUUUCGUUUGGCUACAGUACUUUUAGGUAUUGCAUGAGGACCACUGAGAACCCAAAGGGACGGAUUAACAAAUAGAUGACGAUAAAAAGCGAUAUACAAGUUGGGGUUGAUAAUCUUAUGGAUGUAACAUAUUUUAUGAGUAUCUGUGGAUGUAAUGUUCGAAAGCUUUUUUUUUUUGAAGCAGAAAGGUAGUUUGAAAAA